AAUGAAAUAGAGUAAAUAUUCCUUUAUUUAAAAAAUUCUGUUAUUUAUUUAUCACACUUAGUAUUAUAAGAUAUACAUAAAGUUCGAUCCUUUUUUUUACAAUUUAAUACAACUUUUUUCGCUUUACCGCGACACAGCACCAUUAUUUUGAGAUCGUUCUUACAUAUAUUCUUUGGAUGAGUGUGGAAAAACUGUUAAGAUACAAUAUCGAAAAAAGUGAUUGUACAGGGUGUAUAAAAAUUAUAUGUCACGACCACCAUAGCAGGAUUCUACUCCUCUAGAUCGCUGAAAAUCUGUUAAAAAAGUCGACCGCAAAAUUGACAUUGACUUUGAAAAUCAAGGUCAAAAUUGUUUUUCAUCGUAUGGUAUAGCUCUCAUCGCGAGGGACAAAAGUCUGAAAGGAACCAUGGGUUUCAAGUCAACUGUUCUCAUGAAAAACGCUUCAAAUAAUGCUUCAAAUCUUUCGCCUUUGCAACCGAAUGAUAAGGAAGGUAAGCAGUUUCAUUUUUAUCGUUUUCUAUGAUGCUCAUUACGUAUGCCUAUUAGAGACCCGAAAUGUUGUAAACUCCACUAUGGAGGAACUUACUGGAGUUGUAGAUAAUGUUAUAUCUAUUCCGUCGUUUAACAAUGCUUCAAAUCUUUCGCCUUCGCAAGCGGAUCAUGAGCAAGAUCAUAAUAGAAUCGAUACCGACAAUGAAGCAAGUGACGAUGAAAAUGAUCCUACCUACGAAAUGUCUGAGGAAUCUGAAAGUAGUGCUGAUGAACCAAACAACGAUAGAUCAUAGCAGACGUUGGCUAAUAGUGUCAAUACUACAGAUAGCAGUUUUCAUAACUCCAUGACUGCAUGUAACGAUGAGAAUAUGAUAGUGAAUUGUUCUGAAUUAAAGGGCAGAAAUAAAAAAAAAUUUUGUUUAUACUGCAAAACACUCCAGUCAAAAAUUGCUAGACAUUUAGAGCUAGUUCACAAAAAUGAAGAAGAUGUCAAAAAGUUCAGUUUACUUCCUAAAGGUAGUUUAUAAAUUUCAUGAUCAUGUUUGUGUUGUUUGCGUUCAUAUACUUACAUUAAUAUCGGCACAAUAUUUUCAGAUACCUCAGAACGAAAAAAAAUAAUAGAAAUAAUACGGAAGAAUGGGAAUUUCCUAUAUAAUACAAAUCCGAUGUUAAACCAAGGUAAUCUAAUAGUAUGUCGCAGGCCAUCAAAACAUAAAAGUAAGGAUGCAACUCACUUUAUAAGUUGUCCCAAAUGUAAAGGUUUCUUUACGAAAAAUAACAUCCGACAUCGUUUUCGGGAUUGUUAUAAAACGAACAUUGGUCGACAAAUAAAAAUACUUGGCAGAAAGGUCCAAGCAAGGAUACACGCAUGUGCUGAUGACAGACUAAGAAAUGUUGUCUUCCCUGUAUUAAGAGACGACGGUAUAACUAGAGCAAUAAGAUACUGUUACAUCCGGCCCUGCCGGUGUCCCUUUUCAUCGACCUCGCAUUGCGAAUAGUCAAGAUCAGAUACUUUCAGGAAUGCGCUUGACAUACGAUUCGGAAACCGUUUCUCGGGAACCGAAUCGUGCGAUCUGCGAAUCAGCGAAAUAGGCGUCAGCACUUAACACCAGCACAUCCGCUGAACUUGGGACCCCUCCCGAUUUCAACGGAUGCCGAAGCGAAGGUUCUCGAACGCGGCUCGUGCCAUGCGAGGAUCAGCUAAUAUAUAAACCCGUGGACACGCCCCACGGCGCGCUCUUUUUUUAUUCCGCUGUCAGUACGUUCUCAUCGUGGUGAUUACCGAAAUCUUGUA